UAUGAAUAUAUGCCCCCCCAAUUAUCGAUGUUCCGGCGUGCCUGCUGGCACUAUUUCAAUACUACUACCACUAGCAUUCUUCUAUACAGUUAUGACAACUAUUUGCAUGAUGUUGAUAUAUUUUAAACGUUAAGACUGUUAAGAGCUGUGUUGAUUAAAUUAAAGUAUAAGCUUUACAAAAUGAAGGCAUGGUCAAUAUACAUGCAGUGCUAAUGUUAUUUUAUCUCAAUAUCUCUCAAUAUCUAGAUGUCACAUCAUUAUGCAGUCUUCGCCAUUGGUCUGUUUACGAUUACAUCUUUAGCGAAUGGACUUCAGAACAAAAAUGUUGUGAUAAAAAAGACAACUCGUACAACACUUGGCAAAUAUCUUAAAGGUCACGUGUUCAAGAAGACAUUUGAGGCUGUCGACCCACAACAUUGUUUAUCAGAUUGCUGGGAAGAAAAUUAUCAAUGCCAGAGUUUUAAUUACUUUCCUUUUUUGGAUGUUUGUGAAUUGAACAAUGCAAGCAACGAGACAGCUCCUCAAGAUCUCAUCGACAACCCUGAUGUUGUUUACUUAACGAAUCCUAUGUUUGGCCGUCACCCCAAACCACAAAUGCCACGACACACAAUGUACAAGGCUCCUGCAGAUAUAGAUCCCUGUGGAAGUAACCCGUGUACGAAUGCAAGAUAUUGCGUUUCUGAUGCUGUGCUAGGAUAUCGAUGUGAAACUUGUAAUUUCCCUUUUAAUGGUCCCAAGUGCGAAGAAUAUUUCGACCCAUGUCAAUCAAACCCAUGUUUAAAUGGAGGAACAUGUAUCAGCACAAUGACGUCAUAUAAAUGCGAUUGUCUUUAUCCCUUGGAGGGGACACAAUGUCAAAUAGUUAGCAAUAUGUACCAGUUCAAUCUCAAUGGCUCGGGAGACCACCCUUACGCUACCUUCACAGGAAGUCUUUCUUUUCAUGAAUUGCUCUUAAAUUUCUGGUUUAAAACGGCGGAGCAAAACAUCUCCUACUUCCUGCACCAUAUACCUACAUCUCCUUCAGCGACAGAAAGACUUUCUGUAUGGCGAGACGGGAAUUCAAAUACUUUUUUUGUGGAGUUAUGGAAAGGCUAUGUAUACAACGUUACGUUUCCUCAUUUAUAUCCUACGAAUGAUAACAAUUGGCAUGUUGUCGCAAUAGUGCUUUUCUCAGAUGCAACGAUAAACUUUUACCUCGAUGGUGUGAAGCGGGAAGGUCCGAAAUUGACCAAAGGAGUCCCUUAUUCAACAGUUUACUCUUUUCCACCUGGGGAAUUGCACAUUGGUUACUUUAAAGAAUCAAAUGGCACAGAGUACUUUUUUACCGGUUCCAUUGGAAAUGUUGACAUACAACAAACCAGUUAUAAUUAUGAUCAAGUCACAACCAGUUUUUCACACAGAUGUGUUCCAAGAUAUUCAGGAAAUUGGCAGCAAGUCAUUUGGACUGGAUUAUUCAACUUAACUCAACCUGUUAAUUGUUCAGCAAGAAAUCCUAUAUUGGGCAUAUAUGCAAAGUACUUUCCCCUGACCUCAUAUUUUCAAUGGCUAGAACAUACAGUCUCUCCUCCACGGGACCUUGAUGCUUUCACAAUGUUUUUCCAAUUGAGAUCGCAAAAUCCCCCUUCAUCACCCACUCAAAUAGCGUGCUAUGGAGACAGCGCGGACGACUGUCGUCUAUCCGUUGUGAUUAAUGCCAAUUCAACAAUGGAAAUGAUCAUAGAAUCAGCACGAUUCUCUGUGGAUCUGAUCCCUAUUUUCAAUUAUGAAGCAAAU